CAACAAGGGAGUGCCGACGCACCAUCCUCGAUAUCGACACACGGAAUCGACGUCCAUGCGGUCGGCAGUCGCUAAGCUAGCUGGUCGGAAGUAAGAUCGGUUGGUUUGCAACGAGUUCCACGCUCCGCAGAGGCGACGAGCCAUAAUUCCCCCCUACAUCAAGUUUGCAACUUGCACAAUACAGUCGGCGUGAUUCUGCAUGACCGUGCAUGCUCGUUUGAUUAGAAGUACGAGCGCCAAGCGCCUUUCAUGUUUCGGUAGCAUCGGCCGAUGCGGAAUGCUGUGGGCAUCAUCGGCGGUGAAUCCAAAUUUGUCGCUCCGUGAAGCAAUGAAAUCGUUGCAAAUGGUGGUGGGGCAAAACCAAAAACUCUGCUGCUUUACGCGGCGUGGGUCGACCAUGUCGACGUUGACGCACGAAGAACGAUUACACUCGAAAGAUUUUUCGGUGGACGGAGAUGAGUUGUAUCCUAGCCGCGGUCGGAUCGAGAUGGCUUCAACAAGCAGUCGUUUACUUGUUCGUGGUGGGCUCGAGGGACUCCCGCGAGCGACAGACCUAACAUGACGCAGACCCGUUCUUCCUUUGUCUUCUUAGGCGAGACAAGGUGGCGAUGACAUGUGCCCUUGACUCUGGUCUGGCCACCAUGACUGUGGCAGUUGGCAGUCACC